AUGGAGUCGACUGACCCGCCAGCGGAAUCUCAAGGCCUGAGUGACUCGGGCUCAGCGCUACCACCACGACAACAACCGUCAAAGCGCACCAAGGUCACACUGGUGGCCUGCCAGUCAUGCCAGCACCGGAAGCAUAAGUGCGAUGGUGCGCGCCCCAUCUGCUCGCAAUGCCGAGCCAGGAAGCGACCAGACUGCACAUACGACGCCGCAGGCGAUCAAAGACGAACGUCGGCCUUGAAGCAACGCAUCCGGGAUCUUGAGAGACAAACAAGGGACCUCCAGGAUGUCCUUGUGGGCAUCGGGGCCUCGGCCGACAGCGAGGCGGCCGCCUCGACUGCUCGACAGCUGGCCGAUGGCGGCUUCCAGCACACAGCCGAAGUUGCGCAAGCUUUCAGGAUGGAUGAGACAAAGGACAAGACGCACGCCGAGUCCUGGAAAAACAUAACGGUGAGGCCAGCGGGAUAUGGUGAGGCGGCGGAUGAUGCAAUGUUCGAGGCGUCGCCCUCCAGUGCGGAGACCACAGACAGCGUGGACCCGGAAGGCAUCGUAGACCCGAGGUUACAAUACUGGCCGAUUGAUACAGCGGAGGGGACUGCCCCGUUCGGACUGCAUGAGGACGACAAUACAGUAAUGCAGACGCUCGAGAUGUACUGGCCGGGCAGCGUGGGUGCGGAGGCAGGCUUCCUGGAUCAGACGCAAGCGCAAUGGGACGGGCAAGCAGGAGCAAGUACAUGGGCCAGCGGACCCAGUGGCGGCGCGGCACCCGACGCCGCACCGCCGGGAACGGGGCAGGCUGGCGCGCGGAGGCGGGGAUGA